AUGAAAAAUGGGCCUGGUACGAAUCUCCGAUGUCAGGACGAAAGUUCACUUCGUUGUCAGUCAUCUGAAAGGCGCGGUAGUCGAAAUGAUCAUCUUAGUGCCAUAAUCCGAUACUGUAAGCAUUUUAUGCUGCAUUUAUUCCCGAAUUAUUUUCAUCUUAAAUCCUGCACUGUAUAUUCGCACUAUGAUAAAUUUUAUGUUAUUGUUUAG